AAAAGUAGAGUAGUGCCGAGCGAGAUAAGUUCAAUGACUAAUAAACAAAACAUACGACCUUAAACUAAAAUAAUCAAUAAUGAUUAAUUUCAUAUUACAGCUAUACCUCAGGGAAAAUCAUGAAGAAAGUUGAUAGGUUAUGUUGGAUAGUGUUUUUGAUGCAACUCAGUCAAUUAUGUGCGGAAACCGUGGAAAUACAGUGCCCUGAAUUUUGUACAUGUGAUGUUUUCCAAAAUUUGAAAAGGGCCUCUUGCCAACAUAGACGAUUGGUGUCUAUGGAACUUAAUAUUCCUCCGCAGGCUGAAAUUUUGGAUAUGAGUAAUAAUCAAAUUAGGGAAUUGGCAGAUAGAAUAUUUUUGCAAAUUAAUUUAACUGACUUAAAACUUCUAAAUCUCUCCUACAACAAAAUACGCCAAAUACAUUUCAAUGGUUUCGAAGGAUUGGAAAAUUUGAAAUCUCUGGAUUUGUCUUUCAAUGCUGUAGAAUAUUUUACGCAAUCUUGGUUUCAAAGCUUAAAAUCUUUGGAGGAAUUUUAUUUGAGAGGGAAUAUAUUGAGGAGUAUUAAUGACCAACCACCGAUUGAGAUAAAUAGUUUGAAGGUAUUGGACAUAAGCAAGUGUGGCAUUACGAAGCUCGACAAAGACACUCUAAAAUUCCUGCCAAACUUAAAAAUGCUGGAUAUAUCAGAAAACUUCAUUCAAAUAAUAAAAGUAGACAUUUUAAAAACACUACCAAAACUGACCAAUCUCCAAACAAACGAUAACAAUUUCAACUGCAAAGAUGACGAUGUUAUCGAAUUUGAAAAUUAUGCUAAAUCCAAGAAUAUCAUUUAUACAGAUUCUUGUUCAGAAGAUGUAGAAACAUUUUUUAGUAUUAAUAAUAUUCUCCAUAAAUUCGAAAAAAUGCAAAUGUCCGAAGAUAUUAAUGAUUCAUCGUCAAGUAGCCCAAUAAAAAAUUCAUGGAUAUUUGAUGAUAAUGAUAAUAAGAUUACGAAGUGUAUUAAUUCAACUGGAAAUGUUGCUGAGCCUUCGGAUGAAGAUAGCCUUUUAGUAGAAAUCAUAAAUUUGUCACCUUUGACAACGAUGACCAUUGUAUUUGUCUAUGGAGUACUUUGUGGUAUGCUCCUUACUUGUGCAAUAAGCCUUUGUGCAAAAAGGCCCAAUCAAAUUAGAGAAAAUAUAGAAUUUCCUGAGAGUAGCACUCAUAGCAAUAACGUCUUUUACACGUCUUUACAAGAAGCCAAAAGGCGAUUAUCACGGGAAAUUUUAGACAAUGAUAGUGAUGAUGGUGAAACUUUGGUGAUGAACGAGUUUCAGUUGUCCAAUUCUACGCCUGUGCCAGGACGGAGAGGACUAGAGCUCUAUAAUAAAAUUUAGGAUAUUUAUUUAAAUUUAGUUCCCAAUUGAAUAGAAAUUUCUCAAAAGACAAAUUUUGAGGGUGUGUGGCAAAGUUCAAGCUGUGAUAAUGAUGUAGCAUUAAAAUUUUUACAUAAAAAUUAAUGAGAAUUUAUUUAGUUUCAUUUUUGUUUGUGGUCCCUAUGAAAAAAAUUAUUCAUUAGAUGAGUAAAUGAACAAAUUUCAAUAUAAAUGUUUAUAAAAUAAAUUGUUUAGCUAGGCAGUUUCAUUCGCAGCAGCUUUGCAUAUAACAUUGUCCAAAAGCUGCUUACGAAAAUCCAUUUUAUAUUUUGAUUUAGUAUAUCUUCUCGCAUCUUUUCCACGCAUUUUGAUUAUCGAGUCUAGCGGCUAGCGGGUUGUUACCCCUCGACCAAAAAAUAACGGUCGUUGUCCUUACAGUUGUGCUACCUGGCUAAUUUAAAUACAAUGAUCCUUUUCCAGGUAGAGGAUCCCUUUUUUCCCUUUCCAUCCCACACCUUUUUUGCAUAACGUCCUUUAUUAAUUCAAUGACCAAUGUCCAGCUGCCACUCAUUCUCACUUAAAAUGCUUAAUUUUUAGCGAAAAAAGAAUUUUAAAAAAUGCAAUUCUUCCUCUGUUUACACAAAUCACCAUUUAUGAUUAAUAUCAGGUAAUGUGUUGACAGUUGACGAAUAUUAGGGUUUUUUGCGGCUUGCUCACUCCCCGUGUAUGUUCGUCACCUUUGGCCUCUGCACCCCAGGUGACAUACGAGGGGCCACCCUGGUCUUUUACUUUUAGUCCAGUUUGACCGGAUUG